AUGAGCGGAUCAAUCAAAGCCAUUGAUACCGACUCAGUUCAUCGUAUUCAUUCCGGUCAAGUAGUCUUGGAUCUUCAGGGAGCUAUCAAAGAGUUGGUAGAAAAUAGCUUGGAUGCAGGAGCUACAGUCAUCGACGUUCGGAUAAAGGAUAAUGGAUUGGAUAGCAUCGAAGUAUCCGACAAUGGCUCUGGUAUAUCAGAAAGUGAUUGGGAAUCUAUAGGUUUAAAGCACCAUACGUCAAAGCUGCCUUCUUUGACCGAUCUAUACAAAGUGACCACAUUUGGAUUUAGAGGUGAAGCUUUAUCGGCUCUAUGCGCUUUAUGUGAGAAUGUCACUGUAAUCACUGCUACCAAGGAAACUACACCUAUGGGAGCAAUCAUCAAGCUCGGGAAAGAUGGAAGAGUUGUCGAUCACUCAGGUAGGAUUGCAAGACCGCGCGGUACCACUGUUACACUCACUGGUCUGUUCACACCUCUUCCGGUACGAAGGAAGGAGUUUGAACGUACCGUCAAAAGAGAACUCACGAAAGCUCUUACUCUGUUAACGGCAUAUGCUCUGGUACCUGCGAGUGUAUCUCUGCCUGACGGGAGAAUUGGAGUUAGAUUGAGAGUUGAGACUAUCGCUCCAGGCAAAACAGGCAAGCGAAAUAUACAACUCUCAACAGACGGCAGGGGAUCACUCAAUGCUUCAGUCGGUGCCGUAUGGGGAUCAAAAUCUUUAGAGGGCGUACAGGAUAUCGACCUUGAACUAGAGGUCGAGAUAGAUAGAGUGAUGGCAAGAAGAGAAGGAAUCUCAGAAGUCACUCAAAAAAUCAAAGUCGCUGGCCUGAUAUCUUCUGCUCAAUGGGGACAAGGUCGUUCAAGUGCAGAUAGGCAAUUCUACUUCAUAAACGGACGACCAUGUAAUCUUACCAGUGUUGCUAGAGCUAUCAAUGAAGUCUAUAAAACGUUCAAUACACAUCAAGUACCGCUUGCUAUACUAGAUUUCCAGAUUCCACCUCAGAGCGUUGAUAUCAAUGUCAGUCCUGAUAAAAGAACGAUAUUCGUACAUAGUGAAGACAGACUUAUCGAGACAUUGAAAAUUGCGCUAGACGAGUUCUAUCAACCUUCUCGAUCCACAUUUGCUGUUGGAGGAGCAACGCAGACUGUCAAAACGAUUCGACAAACUCAGUCGCAACUGACUCAAUUCGGUAAACCUUCCGAUCAGAUAGAACAAGGCGACGAUGAAGAUGAUCUACAGACCGAAGAGGACGGCGAAAGACUGGAUGAAGACACAGAUAAGGAAGUGGACGAACUCGAUAACGAUAUGGAAAUUGACUUUGCUCUGGGGGACCAAGAGGCUAUCCCUCAACCAAUUCGUAGAAGACGUUCUUCGCCCAUAAUACAGAUAGAAACCGAAUCCGAAGGCGAAAUCGAAAUAUCUCAACCCUCUUCCAGACAAUCUCGCUCAUCCCAAGUACCUUCGCAAAUAUCGUCUCAACGUCGUGCAGCCCCUUCUCCUCCGCCGUCCGCUCGAAGGGCCAUUCAACGCACACUCGAUACCACAGCUGCUUCGUGGUCCCCAGAUAAGAAAUCUCGAGCGACUAGACCCACCGCUCGUGCUGGACCCGGGCCAAGCACCAGAGAAGCCAGAUUGGGCUUGAGAAAGAAGCUAGAGGGAUAUGCCAGUCAGUCUACAAAAGUAGUGGCAGAAGUAGAGAGUGAAGAAGACCCUGAGGACGAAGAGGUGGUGAUUAUUGGCGAAGAUGAGGAAUUAGCAGAAGCCCUCGAGCUAGAUGAGAUGGAAAUUGAGGAUGAUAGAGAUGAGGAUGAGGAUGGAACGCAACGUACCGAUGGCACAGGGAAUGAGCCUACCAAAGAUGAUCAACCGGGGAUCGACGAUGUGGAAGAGCCAUCUUUCGAAGCUGAAUCAGCGGUCGAGAUCGCAGCUAAAAGAGGCAGACCACCAGAAGAGCCUUUGUUUGCGGAUGAGGGUGAUACUACGCCCAUGGAAGGAGAGAUCCUGACUGAUACUGAGGAUAUUCCGAUACUCGCAGGACCAUCUGCUUCAAGGCGUAAAUCCAGUAAUUAUCGAGAUGAGAUAAUCGCUACACUCCCUCAAGGUGAAAUGACCCUUUUAUUCAACAUCAAUCGAUUGAAAUUACGUUACUCGGCAAAACUUCUAUGCCAUCGUUCGGAAAUCGAAAGGCCUAAAGAUGCAUUUACAGCUGUUAAACAAGCUGGAUUGUCUGAUGCUGCUGGGAUCUCGAACAAAGACUCUGUCUUAGCUGAAGAAGCUUUAUCAAGAGUUAUAUCCAAGAAAGACUUUGAGAAGAUGAAAGUUCUAGGUCAAUUCAAUAAAGGUUUCAUCAUUGCUAGAUUGACAAAUCAUCAAUCAAAACACAAUAAGAAUUCGGCAACGGACGAUUUGUUCAUAAUCGAUCAACAUGCCUCGGACGAGAAAUACAAUUUUGAAACUCUUCAACGGACAACGAUCAUAAAAGGUCAAGCAUUGAUAAAACCUAGAGCAUUACAAUUGACCGCGGGAGAUGAGAUUGUAGCGAUUGAGAAUUUGGAUAUAUUAUCCAAGAAUGGAUUCGACGUCAAAGUAGAUGAAGAUAAACCGCCUGGAAGAGGUGAGAAGAUAAGUUUGAUUUCUAUGCCCGUUAGUAAAGAGACUACAUUUGAUUUCAAAGACCUAGAACAACUGCUGCAUAUGCUGAGUGAAGGUUCAUCAUCAAGAAACCAAGGCCAGAUGGUCAGGUGUACCAAAGCAAGGUCAAUGUUCGCAAUGAGAGCUUGUAGGAAAAGCGUUAUGAUAGGCAAAAGUCUCACUAAAAAUCAGAUGAUAAACUUAUUGCGGAACAUGGGUACUAUCGAUCAGCCUUGGAAUUGCCCACAUGGUAGACCUACUAUGAGACACCUUACUAAGAUCGAACAACCAUCUAAAGCAAGAAGUGGCCACGAUAGAAUAGAUUGGAAAAGGUGGAAGGAAAGGCAGGGUAUAUGA